UUGGAGGAGUUGAAGUUUGGAAAUGAGUUGAGAAACUAUUUUGAUCCUAUUCAAGAGUGGAUUUUGACCAAUAUCAACUGGUUGAGUGAGAUUGAGAGCUUUUACCAAAGAAGAAGUGAGAUUGAAAAGGAGUAUUCGAUGAGAUUGAAGAAUCUUUCAGAUGAAUAUUUCAGAAAGAAAUCAAACAUAUCCACUAAUUUAUCAGUUGGAAAUAAUCCGGUGAUUACACCUGGGUCAUUAGAGAACCAAACAUUAAAUACUUGGACAAAUUAUUUAAAUUUAAUUGAAUUGAUGUCUAUUGAAAAAUCGAAAUUUGCCAGCAGUUAUAAUAAGGAGAUUUUGAAUAAUAUCAACUAUUUAAAGAAGAAUUUGAAUUUGAUCAACAAUAAGAUUAUCAAGUUUAAUAGCAAUUUAAGUAAGAAAUUGCAGGUUAGUUAUAACAAUUUAAAGAAAAAAAAGGUCAAUUAUUAUGCUGAUUGUCAGGCAAUGGAGAAUUUACGAAAUAAAUUACAAAGAACAAAUAAUAAUGAAAAAGUUAUGAAAAACUUUGAAAAAUGUAAGAUCAAGAUGAAUAUUUCAAAAAAUGAGUAUAUCAUAUCAAUCAAUGUUUGUAAUAGGCUAAAGGAUAAAUACUAUUACCAAGACUUGCCUGAGAUUUUAGACUCAUUACAAGAUUUAAACGAAUUCAAGACCAAGAUUUUAAAUAAUAUUUGGGGAUUAUCAAGUGAAUUUGAAAUGAAUAGCUUGGGAUUCUUAAUCGAGCAACUAAAGGGAAAUAGAGAAAAUAUUGAAAAAAACCUGAUUAAUUUGGAUUCCAUUAUGUUUAUCAAACAUAAUGUUAAUAAGAAUUGGAAUGAAAAAUUGGAUUUUUAUUUUGAACCUUCACCAAUUUGGCACGAUGAUGAGAAUUUAGCAAUUAACGAAGAAGAGUUGAUUGUAUUGAAAAAGGAUUUAAAGAUUUCAUCGAAUAAUUACAAUAAAUUGAUGGAAGAUUUAAAUUUUGAGAAAACCAACUUGAAUAAGCUACUACUUUAUAAAAAUGAUAUUAUUAAAUCAACUAAAAUUGAUCAUUUUAAUCAAAAUUAUACUACAAGUUAUAAUAAUUACUUGGAAAAUUUAGAAAAAUUUAUUAAUUUAGACAAUGAAAAACUUAAAAAUGAGGUUGAAAUUCAAAUCAUUCAAAAUUCGGUAUCACCAGAUACUGAUUUAUCAUAUAAUGAACCAAUUGAAACAAAAAAGAAAAGCAAAUUCAGAAUUUUUACAAAGGAUAAAGAUAUUUCAAAGAACAAUGAAGCAGCAAAUGAAACUCUAUCACCUAGUACUUCACAUAUAAAUUCGUUGACAAAAUCAACUACAAACUUGACUAUAAACUCAAAAGAAAAUGGGAAACCCAAAAGAGUCUCGACGUUAUUUCAUGGAUUUAGAAAAGGCGGCAGAAAAUCAUCAGCGACUGCAAACGCAAAGACGUUGUAUCCCUACGUCAAAGACGGCGACGAUGAGGUGUCGGUUGCGGUGGGUGAGCCGUUGCAGGUGCUCGUGGCCGACGAUGGAUCGGGAUGGACGCACGUACGCAAACCGGACCAGCAAACCGGAUUAGUGCCCAGCUCGUACAUCCGCGUUGAGCAACGCAGCGGACCAGCACGGAAACAAGGUCCGAAGGUUGCGCCCAGAAAAACGGGUAAGCAGAGGCAGUACUGCCACGUGUUCUACGACUACAGUGCGGGUGGUGACGACGAGUUGAGCGUUCGAAAGGGCGACAGGGUUGCGAUUAUCGAGCGUGAUGACGGCAGUGGCUGGACAAUGGGUGAGAUCCGCGGCCGAAAAGGGUUGGUGCCGACAAGCUAUGUC